ACAAUAUUCAAAAUGUAUUCUCCACUGCUUGUUAUCUUCCCUUUGAUGCGGUAUUCCCAAGCCCAAAACAUCGGGACCAACACAGCUGAAGUCCACCCUGCGUUGACGUAUCAAACUUGCACAGCCAGAGGAAGCUGUUCCACAGUCAACGGUAAAAUCGUAUUGGACGCUAACUGGCGCUGGCUUCAUUCUUCAUCUGGAACCAAUUGCUACACCGGAAACACAUGGGACGCAUCACUCUGCCCUAGCAAUACUGAAUGCGCAGCCAACUGUCAACUUGAUGGAGCUGCUUAUUCCAACACUUAUGGCAUCACUACGAACGGGAAUUCCCUCAGACUGAACUUCGUCACAAACGGCCAGAAUAAGAACAUUGGUUCCAGGGUUUAUCUCAUGUCGGAUGACGACACAUACAAAACCUUCAACAUGUUGAAUCAGGAAUUUACCUUCGACGUUGAUGUUUCUCAUCUUCCUUGUGGUAAAUAAACCUCUCCGGAAUUCUAACCAAUUAUUUGCUAAAGCUUCUUAGGAAUCAACGGGGCGCUUUAUUUCGCUGGAAUGCAAGCCGACGGCGGCAAGUCCAAAUAUCCUUCAAACAAGGCAGGACCGAGAUACGGUGUUGGAUAUUGUGAUGCUCAAUGCCCAAGAGAUUUGAAGUUCAUCAACGGACAGGUAACUUUUGCCUAUGUCUUGCUUACAAAGGUUAGACUAACCAAUCUUUUAGGCAAAUGUAGAGGGAUGGAAGGCAUCUUCAAACAACAUCAACACUGGAGUUGGUAAUCAUGGGUCAUGUUGCGCUGAGAUGGAUGUUUGGGAAGCCAAUUCUAUAUCUUCAGCAUACACACCCCACACUGCAAGCACAGUCACGCAACACAUGUGCACUGGCGAUUCUUGCGGUGGCACAUACUCAACUGAUCGAUAUGGAGGAACUACUGACCCAGAUGGAUGUGAUUUCAACUCCUACCGUAUGGGUGACAAGUCUUUCUACGGUCCAGGUGGAAAAGUCAACACCAACUCGGUUUUCACUGUCGUCACGCAGUUCAUCACUGAUUCUGGAAGUGCUUCUGGAAAUCUGAAAGAAAUCAAGAGAUUCUACGUCCAAAACGGUGUCUUGAUUCCAAAUUCCAUGUCAACAAUCAGAGGAGUCACUGGAAACUCGAUUACCACAGAAUUCUGUGAUGCACAAAAAACAGCUUUCGGCGACUCCAACGGAUUCAAGACACACGGUGGAUUGACAAACAUGGGCGCAGCCUUCAAAGCAGGCAUGGUUUUGGUCUUAUCGAUCUGGGAUGACUAUGCCGCGAACCUUCUGUGGCUUGACAGCACCUAUCCUACUACUGGCGACCCAGCCAAGCCAGGAAACGCUCGCGGUACAUGCAGUACAAGCUCUGGAGUUCCUGCCGAUGUUGAAGCACAAGCUCCUAACUCUUAUGUCAUCUAUUCCAACAUCAAAGUUGGACCUCUCAACUCGACAUAUACUGCUUAA